UGUCUGAGUAAGCAGGGGAGCAUCCAGUAGGAAAGAGAGAGGCAGGUGAGUCCUGCAGCUCUGGACCUCCUCCUCCUGCCCUCCUCCCAGUGUGAGGUGCUCCUUUCUGGCCCAGCCCAGCAGCACUGGCUUUAGGGAAGAUUCCCAGCCCUGCCUGCAUCCUGGGAAGAGCUGCCCUGCUGCCGGCCCCCCCACACCAGGGACAGAAAGAGCAAGGCUCUCCUCAGGCCUCAGGGAUGUCUUCUGAGCCCUCCUCAUCCUCCUCGCAGCAAUCCCCCGGCUCUCCCCCGUCGCCCAGCUCGCUGCACCUGCCGGAGAGCCGGCGGCCGCGGGAGCGCUCGCCGUCGCCGCUGCGGGGGUACCUGAUCCCCAGCCCGCUGCCCACCCGCCGCACCAGGACCUUCUCGGCCACGGUGAGAGCCUCGGAGGGGCCCAUCUACAAAGGGGUCUGCAAGUGCUUCUGCCGCUCCAAGGGCCACGGCUUCAUCACCCCCGCGGACGGAGGGCCCGACAUCUUCGUGCACAUCUCCGACAUUGAGGGCGAGUACGUUCCCGUGGCGGGCGACGAGGUCACCUACAAGAUGUGCACCAUCCCUCCCAAGAACGAGAAGCUGCAGGCAGUGGAGGUGGUGAUCACUCACCUGGCCCCUGGCACCAAGCACGAGACGUGGUCAGGGCACGUCAUCAGCUCCUGAGGUGUCCCUGGAGCGUGGCUGGGCUCUGCUCAACCACUGCCUGCAGGACCUGGCUGAAGAAUACUGUGUGUGAGGAAAUACUGCAUUGUCAAUAAAGCAGAAGCAGGCCCAAAUUACCAUUUUUUUACAGCUGGCCUGAUUUAAAAAAAAAAAAAGGCAACUCAAAUGCUAAUGAAAAAAUAUCUAGCGUAAUGUGUUUACAAGAAACGUAUUUAAAGAGACCUAGUUUGUGUGCUUGGUGGAGGAGGGGAGGUUUGGGUUUUCUUUUGUCUUGUGAACUGAUUCCAGGAAAUGCCCAGGGGAGGGGGGAGAGGUUUCAUGGAGAGCUCUUCUAGUGCAGAUGGUCCAGCACAGCCCUGAGCCCUGGGUGCUGGGUGAGCCCUGGGCUGCUCUCCCAGGCUGCAGUACCUUUACUGCUGAUAACAGUGCCUGAACGCCUUGGCCUGACUGACAGAGGUGUUCAUUGCUGAUUUGUUUUCCUCAUGGAAGGAAGUUCACAAACAGAGCAGCUGCCACAGGGUGGAAAAUCUCCAUCAGGUGGUUGUGCUCCAGUGCCCAUCAGCUGCACCACUGCAAAUGGUGUGGCUGCAUGGUGUGGAAACUUGUACUGGUAAAGCUGGGGUUGUUUGUGAAUUUACUUAGGUGCCUUGAUGGUUGAUUAGCAACAGAUUUUAUAGGCCAGUAUUAAAAAAAAAAAUAUCCAUCCCAAAUUUAAAUUUGCUUCGAGGUAAGUGGUAGAAAACCAUAGAGUAGUGGAUACUUCAUAGCCUCUGAGUGUGUCUGAAUUUUGACCAGGCUGAAGAUUUGCCUUCUGGACUGCAUCCAGCUGACUGCUGUGGUGUGCAGGGGGCAGGCAGGACACCUGCACUGCUGCACAGCAGCGUGUGCUGCCCAGCUGCCUGUGUGUUAAACACUCUGUGGGUUCCUCAGCAGGCUCAGCUGUCCUGGUGGAGUCCAUUCUGCAUCUGUUUCCCUGGCAAACUCGCUUGGUAGAUGUGACAGGGCCAACCUUCCCCAGACUCUUCAUGUAGUUGUAGCGCUACUAAAUUGGUUUUGUUCCUAUUUGCCUUCCACAUAUUUUUUUUUUCAAAUGAAGCAUUUUUCUCUGUUAUUUUCCUAACAGUGGAUUUGUAUUGACUUUGCAAAUAAAAAAAGAAAAAAAAAAGGCACAACUCUUGUUAGUUGUAUAAAACAGUGUAGCUUCAGCUGUGUAUUUGGAGCUUCACCAAGAGGUGCUGGCUGUCCUGAGCCUUUCACAGCAGCUGAUCUGCUCCCAGGUGUGGGGUGGGGUCAGGAACUGCUGUGCUGGCUUGUUUUCCCUUAGCUGUGCCUGUGUUGCACCAUGCUGUAGUGGGGGCGUGGGUUUGGUUUGGUUUGGUUUUUUAUGACCCAUAAGCCUUGGUAGUGGUGGUUUAUCACUGUGCAGCUCGUUGGAAUAUCACCCGCUGCUUUCUUUACAAUAAAUGCAACUAUUUCAGUGCUUGAA